CGGAUGGGGAGGACGGCGACCGCGACCGGAAGUCCUGAAGCUAACUUUUCCUUGCGCGUCUCCUGCUCGGCUGGGGAGGGGGACUUGUUCCUCUCAUUUUCAAUGGAGAGUAACUGUUCAGAUAAAUAAUGAGGACCAGCCCUCGCAGGCCCUUAAUUCUCAAAAGAAGGAAACUGACCCUUCUACAGAAGGAGGUAUCCAGUACUUCAGGUAGAGAUGAGAACAAUGGUCACGAUGAAAAGACACCUAAGCAGGAGCACAGCCAGGAGGACCAAAAGGACAGUCAAUGCAGAGACAAAAUAGACUGUGGCCUGCAGAAAUUUCCAGCGGGAAUAAAGAUAAUGAACCAUCCUACCAUGCCCAACACGCAAGUGGUGGCCAUCCCUACAAAUGCAGAUAUCCAAAGCAUCAUAGAGGCCCUGACAGCAAAAGGAAAAGAGUGUGGCAACAAUGGGCCCAAUAAGUUCAUUCUCAUUAGCAGUGGGGGAACUUCUCGUUCAGCAGGUUUGAUACUAUCACAGCACCUUCCCUCAGUGGACAAACCUGGCGCAGUGGCUAGGUCUUCGAAUAGUCAAGUAAGAGAGAAGAAUAUUUCACAGACACCUGAAAUUGCAGGUGGAUCAAUGGACUGGCAUUCAGGAAUUGAUUCUUCAUUUGCACAGAAACCGGAGAACAGCAGUGGUGAGACAAUGAGCUCUGUGCUGGAUAACAGUCUUACUAACAUCCAGUGGCUGGGGAAGAUGAGAACUGAUGGACUAACUCCCUGUUCUGUGAAGCAAGGCACGGAGAAAGAGAACCAGAUGCCUCUACGGGGAAGAAUCAAGACUGAGAAUUCUGCAGCUGUUGCCAUUCCCUCCUCCUCAUGGCAGGAUUCAGUAUCAGAACGACCUCCGUACUCCUACAUGGCCAUGAUCCAGUUUGCCAUCAACAGCACUGAGAGGAAGCGUAUGACUCUGAAAGACAUCUAUACCUGGAUUGAGGAUCAUUUCCCAUAUUUUAAGCAUGUGGCUAAGCCAGGUUGGAAGAAUUCUAUUCGGCAUAACCUGUCCCUCCAUGAUAUGUUUGUCCGUGAGACAUCUGCUAAUGGUAAAAUCUCAUUCUGGACUAUUCACCCUGAUGCCAACCGUUGCCUAACAUUGGACCAAGUGUUUAAGCCGCUGGACUUGGGGUCAACAUCGUCUGAGCACUCUGAAUCACAGCAAAAGCAACAUGUUUCAGAUCCCCAGAAGAACAUGGGAAGCAACAAUAGCAGCAAAACUGAAUCCCAAAACGCACGACGAAAGAUGAAGCCUUUGCUUCCUCGCAUCAACUCCUACCUUGUUCCGAUCCAGUUUCCAAUGAGUCAGCCUCUCGUCUUGCAGCCUUCUUUGAAGGUUCCUCUAUCUACGGUACAGGGAGCAUCCCACAACAGCUCAGAGACCUUCCGGAGCAAUAAACGUGUGCGCAUUGCUCCAAAGAUGUCGCUCUCUAUUGAAGAGUCAUCCUCUUUACCCAUAGCUGCGGCAAAGGAGGAGAGCCAAUUUGAUGAAGGAUUUUUUUCCCCAACACAUAGUCUGAAGGAGAACAACUGUCAGCUUGGUGAGGAAUCAUCUUCUUUCCCUGAGGCACUCUGCAUUAAGGAAGAGGAAAGCUCACAGCUGGGGGACUGGCUGUCCCCUUUUGCUUCAACCAUAACUGUAAAGGAAGAGCCAGACUUCUUCGUCCCAGCCUCAGCCAUGACAGAGAAGAAAUGUUUCACUAUACUGAAGUCACCAUCUAAGGGUGUUUCUGACACAUUAGUUAUAAAGAGAUGUGAGAGGCGGGAAAUGAGCAGAUCCAGAAGGAAACAACACCUAGCACUGCCUUGCUCGGAAGAGCCUGUCGUCAUCUUUCCAGAGAGCAAUGAAUUUGACCCUUUCCAGUUAGGGGCAGACCUCCCCUUACUGCAGGAAAACCAGCCUCUAGAGAAUGUAUCACAGCUGAGAUGCCUGCAGGAGGAAGAGGGGCCUUUUAAAACACCAGUCAAAGAGAUGUUCAACAAGUUGCCAGUUUCUUCCACUCCCUGCAAAGCAGCAACUACUACCCCCCCACUAGGGGGCCUUGACCCCUGGAAGUCUGCAUCGUCAGCCAAGAGAGGUAAUGAGCUGGAUUUCAGUCCAGUGAGAACCAUUCAGCUGCCAAUCACAGCCUUCCAGGAGAACCAAGACUUGCUGGCUUUUAACAGCACGCCCCUUAAAAAUCCUCUCCCCGAAUCCUCUUGGGAACUGCUCAAUACAGAAUCCAACGACACAGCACAUGUUCCCCUCACGAGCUCUCCAUCUUUUAUUCACAAAUCUAGUAAGCAGUUGCCCCUUGAACUACCAGCCUCUAGUUUUACUGAAAACCGAUCGCUCAUGGAGGGCCUGAUUUUGGACACCAUGAAUGACAGUUUGAGCAAAAUUCUUUUAGAUAUCAGCUUUCCUGGUCUUGAGGAUGAAAACUUAGGAACAGACAUUAGUUGGUCUCAGCUUAUACCUGAACUGAAGUAAACUGUCCAGAAGACUGAAUUUGGCUUAUUUGGAUUUUACAGAAAGCACUCCUGAGAUCUAUUAACGUAAUGAAAAGCAGACAGUCUUUUUAGACAAUUCCUUCAUUUGUGGGAGUACUGACUCCUGCUAAGCUGGGAAAUGGGCCGGUUGGCUGCUAUGAGCUGCCUGUUUGAGCUGCAAUGGACUAUUUAUGUGUGUCAAGAUAGAACCCCUCUAAUCUGGUGCUAGAGUGGAGUCCCUGGAGAGGGGUUAGCAUCUAGAUAGGCCCUGAACAGCCCUGGCUAAUCGAGGUAUGAGAGGAAAUGGGUACACUCCUCAAUUAUGUCCAGUAGGAAAGGCUCUGAGCACUUCCUCCUUCUCUGUCCUUACUUAAUUUUACUUUGUUCUCAUCUUAUUAGCAUCUUCUGUGUAGGUUUAAUGGCUUUAAGCCCUAUACAUGCCUUAAAUUACUAGCUCUUUAUUACAAUGGUAACUUUAUUCUUGUAGCGUUGUUAGGGGAAUAUUUGAGUUGGCAAAUGAUUUAGCUUAGUGUUGUCCAUAUGUUCCACCUGCCCUGUAUUCCUCUAGAUGAGAGCCCAAACUACCAUUUUCUUUUAAUCCAAAAACACAUUGGCCUUGAAAGUUGCCAAGGCGGAAAUCUGAAGGAUCAUCUAUAUGUGACUGAGUGCCUACUCAAGCUAAACAGAAAAAAAAUGGUUAACUGAAUUGCAGCAUGAAAUCUUGGUUCAUUUUUCCUUCUCAGCUCUCCUUCCCUUCCCAGGCUGGAAUGGAGAAGAGCUGUAACUCUUUGGGUUCUAUCGUCCUAUUAAUAUGUACGUAGAGGGCUUGGUGGAGUCACAGUUGCAGUAAGAUGGAUUUCUACGGAGUGGUUAAAGCAGCUUUCAUUUCAGACACCAGCUGAAAACAUGAAACAGAACCUGUAAAGUGAAUACUGGUAUUCACAGAAUCACAGAAUUGUAGGGGUUGGAAGGGACCUCCAGAGA